AUGAAUUUCAGAAAAGGCCAAUUGCAAAAGGAUCAAAAAUUGCUCUUGUUCAUGUGCCUACUAGAAAAUAUUUGUCUAGUAAAGGUUGUUUGUAAUGGUCAGGAAAUAGAUUUGAAAAAUGAUAUUUGGACUUUUAUUGAAGCUCAUGAUGCAAGAGAAAGUGUAGGAGGUCUUGUGUACUUUAAUACCAUUAUUGGAUUUAAGCAUCAAGCGACAGGAAGCAAUUUACAUUCUCACAUUAAACAUCAUGGGGUAACACCAAAAUCAAAGCAUCAGCAAGUGACCCUAUAUGGGGAUGUAAAUUUUGAUGAUGAUUGGCUUAUUCGACGUUAUAGCCCAAACGCUUCUUAUGAUGACUCAGGUAGUUUAAGUCAUGGUGAUAUCAUCAGUCUUUUUCAUGCCAUGAGUGAUAAACAUAAACUAGCACUAUACAGUCAUGACAUCUUAUUAGAUGAUGGAACCCAAGAAGUUGCUUGUUAUGGAAAUGGAAGUGAUGAAAAUAAUAAGUGGCGUAUUGAAUUAGUUGACUGA